UUAGUCAGUUUUUAAACAACUUAGCAACUUCGCAGUGCAUAAUUUUCAUUUUGAGAGGUUUUUUAGUUUUUCUUUUUAUAAAUGCUUUCCAACUAUCCUUGCCAUAAAUCCAUUGAAAUAAUUGCAAAACGUUCGCGUACAAAGAUGAUUCGGCAGUGAUUUUAUUCGUUUCGUUUGAAUGGCCGUUGAUACCGUUUUUCCAAACGACUGCUGUUAUAUUUAAUUUAGUCCGCGAGUUGAAGCUGAAUUGUUGUGGCUCCUAUACAGAACUUCUAGUAUUAAAUAAGGUGUUGGGGUCGUCGUAAGAUAAUGGGUGAUCAAGGAUUCCUAGUUCAAAAGCCUGGCUUCGCUACAACAGCUAUCCGUGCUGGCCAUGACCCAAGUUAUUGUACCUCUGAAGCAGUUGUUACACCAAUUGUGACGUCUACCACAUUCAAACAACCAGCACCGGGGGAGUACAAAAGAUUUAAAUAUGGCAGAUCUGGCAACCCUACGAGGAACACUCUUGAACAGUGCUUGGCGGCUUUAGACGGAGCAAAGCAUGCUUUGACAUUUUCUUCAGGACUGGGAGCGACCACUACGAUCGCGUCGUUGUUGAGUCAGGGCGAUCACAUCAUAGCUAGCGAUGAUUUGUACGGCGGAACCGACAGGCUAUUCAGAGCAGUCAUGACUCGACUCGGCAUUGAGGUGACAUUUACAGACUUCACGAAUAUGGAACUUGUUAAAUCUGCAUUUAAGAAAAAUACUAAGUUAAUGUGGCUUGAAACACCCACAAACCCUCUUCUGAAAGUAGUGGAUAUAGCAGCUUUGUCAAGACUAGCGAAGAGUCACGGAGAUGUCAUUGUAGUAGUGGACAAUACCUUCCUGACCUCGUAUUUACAAAGACCUUUGGACUUCGGUGCAGACAUUAUCAUGUACUCGUUAACCAAGUACAUGAAUGGACACUCGGAUGUUAUUAUGGGCGCAGCUGUCCUCAAUGAUGAUGAACUUAAUACGAGACUGCGGUUCUUACAAAAUUCACUGGGUAUUGUACCUUCGCCGAUGGACUGCUAUCUAGUUAACAGAAGCCUGAAGACCCUGGCGUUACGUAUGGAGCAACACAAGAAGUCUGCACUAACGAUUGCUCAAUGGCUGGAGAAACAUCCAAAAAUCACCGAAGUUUUACAUCCAGGUCUUCCCACGCACCCUCAACAUGAAAUAGCGAAGAAACAGAUGACGGGCCACUCUGGAACAUUCAGCUUCAGGCACAGCGGGGGUCUCAAAGAAUCCAAGAUAUUCCUCAGUUCUCUUCAAGUUUUCAUUUUGGCAGAGAGUUUGGGUGGAUAUGAAAGCCUCGCUGAAUUGCCAACGUUGAUGACGCAUGCCUCCUUGUCACCGGAACGGCUCGAACUAUUGGGUAUCACCGACUCCCUGAUCAGACUCUCCGUUGGCUUAGAGGACAUCGAUGAUUUGAUAAAAGACCUUGAUCAGGCGCUUAAACUAGCCUUUGAAUAAAAUUAUUAAAUAAAUACUUAAAAAUAA